AUGGCAGCUGACCCGACAUAUCCUCUCUACCCCAUCGCCUGCUUAUUGGCUGUAGCAAUGCUGCUCCUCGUAAUGCUGACCAGCUUUGUCCGCCAGAGCUGGAAUCUCGGCGUUGCCUUCCUUUGUUUCUGGCUCUUCUUUGAAAACUUGACUGGAGGUAUCAAUGCUAUCAUAUGGUCCGAUAAUGCCGACAUCAAGCUAUAUGUGUAUUGUGACAUCAUAACUCGCAUGCAAAUAAUCACUUCGAUCGUCAAACCUAUGGCUACUCUCGUCAUCACUCGAAGACUAUACUUGAUCACCAACCUACGUUCCGUAGAGCCUCCUGCGAGAGCUGCAAGGCACAGAAAUUUUGCGAUAGAGUGGGCACUCGGUUUGGGUAUUCCUCUUCUAGCUGCCGGACCUCUCUACUACGUUGUCCAGGAUGUUCGAUUUUUGGUCAAUGAGGGUUCUGGCUGCUCUAGCGCCCCCGAUGGUUCAGUACUCGGCUUCCUGCUCCUCGAAUCAUGGAAUGUGUUACCUCCCUUGAUGUCCAUCACCUUCUACUAUCUGGCGUCAACGACGCGUAAAACUAGACAAGCCGCUAGGCGGCAGCAGGAAGAGAUGGGCGCCACUGCCUCGAACGAGACGCUGGCUACCCAGCAAGAGAACACGGCCGCUGGUACACAGGCGACCGCGAACUCACGACCCUCGAGCAGGGCGACGACGCCGCGCAACGGGCGUCGCAGCCCAUCCGCAGCUUCGACAACCCGCAUGAGUCGGCGGAGCGAACCUGUCAACCAGACCCCUGAGAAUGAGAUUGUACCUGAAGAAGAGGUACAGGCGUACCUGAGUGGAAGAAGGCAGCGGUCCAGUCCGCUACCACCUUUGUCUACGAGCCAUAGGAGCACACCUGGUACUCCAGAACGCCGUAGCAGUUCGGGUCGUACACGAGACGUCGAAGCUACCCAGGCCAUGAUAGAGGCCAUGCAGGAGCAGGAAGCUGCUCGACGUGAAAGGAUGAACCUCGCGCUUCAUUUGAUAAGAUCCGUACGCACGGGAGCGAUUGAGGAUCACGGAAUCCCGAUGCCCCUUGAUGAGUACGUAGAGGAGGCGAUGAGGACCAUGCCGGUUCGAACCUUAGAAGAGAGUGUAGCAGGUGUCAAAGCUGAAGAUGAAGAAAACAUCGUCAGCGAUGAAGCCUACGACGUGAUUUUUCGAAGCCGGAAUAGUAGCGAAACAUCGAGCCACUUCCGUAGGCGUCAAGACCUGCAGGACGAGAUCAACGAACGAGAAUUGGAAAGACAGGAAAGGAGGAGACGGUCCGAACUUACCGGCAACUCGGGAUCCGAGAUACUGCGCAGGUACAACGCAGCUCGGGGACAGAGCCAAGAACGAUACCGGAACGAAUACCGUCGCAACGGAUGGCAGGCCGAGGGCCGAGUGCGCCGGAAUGGCGAAGAUAACGAAAGGGACUAUGAGUACCUCGAGGAGGAAGAGGACGCACCGAACUACGCCGCUGGCGGUGGUGAUGGUGGUGGAGGUGAUGGACCACCCGGAGGUGGUGGUGGGGAUGGUGAUGAUGAACCUGAAGACGACGAUGAGGAAGAGAACAGAGGUAACGACGAGGAGAACGAAGAGGAGAAUCACGCACCGGUUAGGAACCCGCGCCGGUCCGCAUCAGUGCCGCCGCGAGGAUACGGUGAAAACGGACGAGACCCCUUGGUUCACGGACGCGGCAGAGGAAGAGGCCGUGGUCGUGCCAAUGCCAACGGCGUUGGAAGGGGACCAAACGGGGGACGGGGCUCGUCACUACCCCGUGAAAGGACCACUGGUACUGAACCCGCAUGGGCGCGGAUGGACGGAGUACCGUAUGCCAGCUUGCAGCGCCCAAGCCCACAAGCUGCGGGAGCAAUGUACGACGCGGUGGGAGCGCACCGCGAUGUGGUAUUGAAUCGAAUUGUACGCAUGAAUGAGGCCGUGAUAUAUGGUACCCCGGGUGACACACCGAAGGGCGUUAAGCCUAAGUUACCUAAGGCCUACACAGGCAAAGACAAUAUGCAUGAGUACGAAGGAUUCGUGGAACAAGUAGGACGAUACUUCCAGAUUAGCCAGUUAGUAGGCGAUGAACAUGACGCAAUGCGGGUACUCAUCCUAGGAGAAGCCUUGGAAGGCGAAGCCCUAGAGUGGUAUCAGCAGGAAGUCGCCGACCCGGACAGGGAAAUUGAAGACUGGACUUAUCUCGACGUACUAUGCGCGAUGUGCUUACGAUUCAUCAACAUCGCAUAUGUGCAGGAAGCAUCCAUUGCGUUCGAGCGAGUUCGCUAUAACGCCUCGAGAGGCCCACAGGCACUGUGGAACGAUCUCGCGCGUAUUAAGAAGCGUAUGAUCAAUAAACCCGAUGAACGUACCAUGAAGAAACGGUUCAUGGAGGAACUACCCGAGGAAAUGGUGAAGUACAUGUACCUCACCGAGAAGCUGAACGAAGAGUUCUCGUCUCCGACACAGUUGGUUCAGGGAGCUCUGAACUACGAUACUAGUGAGCGCCUCCUCAAACAACGGAGGAAGCAUGGCGACAAGCGUACCGAAUCGGCUGUAGGCGGCAACGCUGCUGACAAUCGUAUCAAGCACGAUGAUGCUGGUGCCAGCGGGAGCGGCACAACCCACCGUUCAAAUGACCGCGGCAACACCUUCGGCGGUAACUUCGGCCGGAACGGUCGCGGUGGAACAGGAAGUGGACGCCCAUUCCGUAGAACUGGAUUCGCGCGCACCUAUGAUGGCGAAAGGAAGCCGAAUACACCGGCGGCAGCACCUAACGGGGGUAUACCGAGUGGAUCACAGCCAACCAAGAGCACCGGCGCGACCGCGUCUGGACCGAACCAUACCCAAUCAGAUCGGCCAAAGAAAGAUGAAUGUUUCAUCUGCCACAAGCCCGGCCAUUACGCGAACGCCUGCCCGGAAAAGGGCAAGAGCAAGGAGCGCAUGUACUCGCGGCACCUCGGAGAUGAGAUCCUAGAUGAACACGACGGCGAGGGAGACACGGAUGAUGAACCUGACGAGGAGGAACUUGAAGUCGGUCAACUCGAAACAGUUGACGAAGAAGAAGACUACAUACCUGGCUCUCAGUAUGAUUCUGAAGCAGAGGAAGAUACCCACGCCAGACACGAAGAUGCGCCGGAUUCGGACGACGAGAGGACGCACAUGUAUAGCAUGCGCAUCGUCACCGAAGACGAGCAGGAGUUAGACACGGGGGAGCCUAUGGAUACGCGCGAGUCUGAUGAUGAGGCCGCACAGAGUGAUGACUCGCAUGGAUUUAUACCUGUACGGGAAGGCCGUCCAGACGUCGCCCUGUCUCAGAGCGCGUUCGCGCGUAUAGGACGCGUAGUGAAUUCGAACAACCUAGAAGCACUACGCGUGGAAGCAGCGGACCUCAUGGUACGGUUGGAUAUCGUGUUAGGCCGUAACAAUGAUCUCGAAAUGCGCAUAGGCGAUACUGAACAACGCGCGUCGGCGAUGGAACGUGAGCACGAGCGGUUGGUGCAACAGUUGAAUGACGCACAGGCGCACAACACCGGAUCGGACAAGAUCCUAGAAGAGAAAAAUGAUGAGCUGAUCCGCAUGCGACAGCGACUGAAUGCACAACGGCAGGAACUGCAGGAGGUUCACCUUAUGGAAGUAACGAACCUACGUGCACGCAUGCACGACCUUCAGUGCGUGUUGGACGACUUGAGAGCAUCCGUGGCCACCGCCGAACGCGGGCAAGCGCGUGUACCGGACCUCGGCGAGGCCGGACCGAGCACCACUCGUACUGCUCGUACAACCGGCGUCAACGCGUUGCCCUUAUCCGUUCAGGUCACCUACUCGGGAGACCUCGAGUGGCGGUUAGCUGAAGUGCGCGAGACGUACGACCGGUUAAUGGCGGCCGUACCGGGCUUACCACCACGGAAUGAAGGCGAUCCUCUUCAUGAAGACUUACCUAUACCCGAAAGGGAUCAGGAUAGUGAUGACGACGACGAGCGCGACCGCUUCAACUUCAAUGUUGCGCACAGCACCGUCGCGGAAGAACAAUUCCGUACCGCUAGGAAUGAAGGAAUGCGCGAUUUCAAUCGCCAUAUGACGGGCGCGGCCAAUAACCGUAACACGUUUUACGACCGGACUCGAGAUCCUGAGCUCCGGGGUAUAUACAGCAACAUCUACGAGAGGUUUGUUGCUGGUACCCGAGCCAACGAGAGUCUCCGGCGGGAGAAUGCGUGCCUGCAUCGCGACCUGCAGCAGGCGGAAAACCGCGAUCACGCACGCGCGGAAAGAAUCAAUGAGCACAUUAACACGCGCGAGGUGCUGCGGGACAGGCUGCUCACCGCCCAGCGCCGAGAGCACUCCAUGCUCGAGAUCGCACGGACCGAAAGGGAAAAUGCUGACGCCAUGCGGCAGCGGCGGGAGAACGAACUCGGUGCAUUGAUGCAUGAGCAUGAGCGCGCACUACAAUCGCAGCGUGCAUACUACGUACAGCUCAUCGGACGUAUGCACUACGCGCGCGGGCAAGCUGAAGAAGGACCUGGGAACAUAUCAGUUGACGGUUUGAGCAGGCGUAUGCGCGAGGACGUACCGUAUCAGGACCAAGACCUGGUGCGCAAUAUCGCAACUACAAUUGUCGAGCGCGACACUCUACGCGCGAUGAUGCAGUCCGACUCGUCAUCGUCCGAGGGCAGCUCAUCAGGCGACUCCUCUGCGUACUUAGAGGCUCGAUCUAGGGCAUCCGUGGUUGGAUCAGACUCGGAUUCCUUGCCUGCGCUGGAGACCGUGGAUGACACAUCAGAUUCGGAGAGCUCAGACGAAUCGGACUUGGGCGACGCACCUACGGUCACAUACGCGCAGAUCCUAGCGCCUACCACAGUGCGCGCGGACAGCCUGCCGCUGUUUAACCGCUCGGACCGACGAAUCUUCGUUAAUGACGGUACGACGCGGCCUAACAUCUUGACGGGCGGGAUACGUACCAUGAUGCGCCAUGAGCGCGCGUCCGCACGCCGACUGCGGGACAACGAUGUAGGCAGCGCACCGCGUGCGCGGAUUGUAGCGCGCUACCCCGAUGAUAUUGCCUAUAUGUACAUGGCGCAGGCCCGCGGUGUAACAACCGCGGAACCCGCCGCGUACAGAACUGCGGGGCGACGCGACCUCGAACUUGGCGUCAUCCCGGACCCACAACUCGAGGCUACGCGGUGCCUCGCUCAGUACGUUGAAUUCAACGGAGUGCGCGCAUACGCACUUUUCGACAGCGGGAGUACUACCACAUCGGUGACCCCGGACUUUGCGCGCGUAGCCAACCUGCGUACGUUUGAAUUAGAACGCCCAGUCACCCUUUACCUGGGGUGCGUGGGCAGCCGAAGCAAGAUAAACUUCGGCGCGAUAGGACAGAUGUCCUUCGGAACGGUCCGUGAUGGCGCGAUGGCAAUCCACGUAGUCAAUACGGACCGCUACGACUGCGUCAUUGGCGCAGACACCAUGCGCAAGUACGGCAUGGUGCUCGACUUCAAAGAUGGUGGCAUUCGUAUGGGUAGCACCUGGGUGCCUACUCUUGAGGUGGGGGAGGAGGCGGAUCUCCUCGCGCAACGACGCCAGCGUAAAGUGGCUGCUCGAGCGAAACAGACGCAAAGGCGCGGUGGACCAUCAAAUGAUGAUAACCACGAGGCUCGCAACGCGCGAGCCGCGCCCUGA